AUGUCGACACUCGCCGUUCUUAUCUUGCAGUACCUUUGUCUUGCUAGCGUCGGAGUGUAUCUGGUGAAGCAGGUAAUAUUCGCCAAGAAGAAUCGUGCACCAUAUCCACCUGGUCCUCGAGGCCUGCCUCUAGUUGGGAACCUUCAUGACAUACCUCGUGACAAGUCCUGGCUCACCUUCACUGAAUGGGGCAAGAAGUAUGGUAGUGAUAUCUCGCAUAUCAAUGUUCUGGGUAUGCAUAUCGUCGUGCUGAACUCCGUCGAAAGUGCGGUGGAAAUGCUGGACAAGAAGAGCUCUAUAUACUCUGACCGUCCGGUUGUUCCUAUGACUGGUGAACUGAUGGGCUAUGGGCAAACUCUGGCUUAUCUCCGUUACGGCGAACGCUUUCGCCUGUUCCGCAAGAAUUGCCACCGCAUCUUUGGUAGUCGCGCUGCCUUGGUUGACUACCACCCCAUCGAGGAGAUGGAAGCCCAACGAUUCCUGAAGCGUGUACUAGCGAAACCCGACCAACUGCAAGCAUAUGUUCGACUCACCGCUGCCGCUGUCGUUCUGCGCCUUUGUUAUGGGUAUGAAGUCAAGGAGGAUGACGAUCCUCUCGUUGACAUUGCAAAACGUACUUUAGACCAACUCUCGCGGUACAGCCUCACUGGUGAAUUUAUGGUCGACUUCCUGCCAUUCCUGGCAAAGGUCCCAGAGUGGUUCCCUGGUGCUGGCUUCAAACGCCUAGCUCGUGAGUGCCGUAAGAACACCGAAGAAAUGGCUGCUGCGCCCUACAAGUUUGUCAAAGACCAAGUGGCUGCUGGCAUUGCCCCAAAGUCGUUCGCCUCAGAUCUGUUAAAGGACCGUACUUUGACCCCGGAAGAAGAUUAUAUUGUGAAGUGGUCUGCUGUAUCCCUAUUCAGCGGUGGUGCUGACACGACUGUUUCUGCGAUCUACUCAUUUUUCCUGGCUAUGACACUUUUCCCUGAUGUGCAGAAGAAGGCUCAGGCUGAAAUUGAUGCUGUUGUUGGCCCUGAUCGUCUUCCCUCCUUCGCUGAUCGUGCCUCCCUCCCCUACGUCGAGGCACUUACCAAGGAGGUCCUCCGCUGGAAUAUUGUCAUAUCUAGUAGUAUGUUUGAUCGCAGCACUAUUCAGGACGACAUCCACGAUGGGUAUUACAUUCCAAAAGGCUCCUUGAUAAUCAUUAAUGUAUGGUCCAUGCUCAACGAUCCGCAGACACAUGCCAACCCCUUGGAAUUCAAUCCUGAGCGCUUUUUGGCCAAGGAUGGAAAAAAGCCUGAGAGAGAUCCUCGCACAGUGUGCUUCGGUUUUGGCAGACGUUUUCUAACCUUGGUUGCUUUCGACUGCAUAGGUCUGCAUCUCGCUGAUGCAUCCAUCUGGAUAUCCGUCGCAAUGUCACUUGCGGUGUUCAACGUUUCCAAGGUUGUCGAGAAUGGCGUUGAAAUCACCCCUGAAGUUGACUGCACAUCUGGGGUGAUCAGCCACCCCAAGCCCUUCAAGUGCUCGAUCGAGGCUCAAUCUGAAAAAGCCUUGGCGCUCAUUCAACAAGAUGCUGACUGA